AUGCUUUUUGCUACGAACUCACACCCUUCCCCUCAGCUCGCCCUCCCGUUCGCUCUGUGCGGUCCUUUAUUCCCCUUCCCUAGCUUCGUCUUCGAUUGCGGUGAGUCUCCUCUUCUCAAGCUAUAUGGGCGACAGACUCAUGCCAUCCCGCAGCCCAUGCCUUACGUCGGUGAAGACACCAUCCUCAGAUUUCAGGACGCGUUCGGCCGCGAUGACCAAUCGCUCCGCCGAGUCUACGCAUCCUCCUUGAGGAGUCUCUACCCCCACCUUUUUUUCACUUACGAGCCCAGGCCCCACAACAUAUUUGUCACAGAGUCCGGCCAAGUCUUCACCUCGCCUUCCUCCACCUAUCUGCCUCCUAUACCCCGCCGUCUAUCAGACGAAAACAUUCCUACCGUGCAAUGGUUCAUGUCGGUACAAUGGUCUAAUAACUCCUUUCCUUGGGCCGCCUGGACACCGACUCGACUCGAGACGUCGGUGCCUAUGUACAGGGUUCUCUCCUUGCCCCACAACUUGCCCUACGAGUGCCGCAACGGGAAGUACUUCUUGAAGGGCGAUAUUGUCCAGCACUGGCAACAACUGGAAGAAUGUCUUUUCUAUUCAGCAUUGAAAUUCAUGGAAGGUUUUACGUUGCCUCUCACUCCCCUCUCCGGUACUUAUAUCGUCCCCACCCGAUAUGGUUAUCACAAUGGAUAUGGUACACUAUCUACCCUCCAGCGUCGGGUUUCUCUGUCUCGAUUGGCCUUCCUCCCUCUCAUAGGCAUGCUUUGCUGGGCCUACAACAUACGGGGCGAACUCAUGAAACGGCGCGAGGGGAAGCUUCUCCUUGAACAUGCUGAUCUGCCCGCUUCUUGGCUCGGUAUCCUCAGGGAGCAAGACUGGUACCUCGCCAGCGUACCUAGGGCUGGCGUCAUCGUUGAUCCGCUGACUUGCCAGUGGCCCAACUUUAUCAAAACCGCCGUCGAGAAGGUACCCUUGUGGAUUGCGAUUCCUCCGUCGGAAGACCCUGCUCGGACCAUGACCGAUCUUCAACUCUCCCCCGCAUAUAUGCCGUACUGUCCAACGUUGAAGUGCAUCGAACUCGCCAUUCAGCGUGGGGGCACGUUGUUGUGGGAGCAUCGGCAGUCGCUGCUGCACUCAGGGCCAUCCGCCCCUGAUGAGGCAGCCUCCUCUGAGUCAGCACCCCCUCAGGCAGACGCAAGUGCCGCCCCUACGAACGAGCCGGAGGAUGAGGCUGAAUACGAAGAACUUGCCAGUCCGCUCGAUAAGAAGAUUGCCGGCGAUGCGGUGGAGUGGUUCAAGAGGAAGGAACGAUCAGUACAGGAGCACCUCCAGAAAACCACUGACCGUAGCCUGAUCGCAAAGCAUCACAAUGCUAUGGAGAUGCUCAAGAAAGGCGAUUACGGGCCCGUCAAAGCCCGGUACUUUGAGCUGGUCAAGGGACGGGACGGAUGGAUCAAAAAGUUUUACAGUGCAAGGGAUGCUCCCGAUCGUUGGCUAUCCGUUGUUCGUCGGCCACAAUGUCUAUUAUUUGAUCCCUUCGAGUAUGCAUGGUAUGCGUGCGAGGCAGUAUGCCCGCCUCCCCAGACGACCGCAGAAAUCUACGAUGAGAUUUUCAGGUCAGACUCGGGUGACGAGGAUGAUGACGGCGAUUAUUAUCCCCCGCCUGCCCCCAAUGUUGCGCAAGCAGCGCCCCCGUCCCAGCCCGAUUUCAAUUCGCUGGUUGCGAAGACUUUCCCCGGCCUUUCGCUCCAAGCAGAGACAUUCACCGUAGAGCCGCUCUCUACCAUACUGCGGUCUAGGUAUGGCAUUGCAAGCCACCUCCUCGCCGGUCCGCCUUGCUCUGAACCCAAAGCCGGCUUCUACGUGGCCAACUGUCUGUCUUUAGGUCUCACUCAAGGCCCCGAGUGGAUGCCUCCAUCACCAUUGGUCGAAUUUCUGUCGUGUUUCGCUCCUCGCAAAGCCCUGUCCCCCCAUACUCCUAAGCAAGGCCAGUCAUCUGGUAUUGCCGCUACGCGUCAUCGCUCGUCCGCAUCUCACCCGCCCACUUCUCUGAGUCACCGCCCCUCUUCCGACAGGGCGUUGUUGAGGGCAACAUCAUCGCGCUCGUCACAUGCCCCAUACGACAGGAAUUCUCCUGGGCGCUCCGCAGCGUCUCGCCCUCCCCCUCGCACGUUUCUGGAGUCGGAUCUCUUUUCGCGUGAUCUCACUCCGUUUGGUCACCAUUUCCGCAUAGGCUCGUUGGAUGUGUGGGACGCUCGGGAUCCCAAGCGUGUUCCCAUGCGUUGGUAUUUGCUCUUGGACAAGGGGCCUGGAACGAGCCAAUGGGUCAUAGCGGUCAAGGACGCUUUGACCGCUGUCCAGUGCCUUCGCGGGUUUCCUUCGUGCUCUUCCUCGCGCGAUCUCGCGGCCUGCCUUCUGCAGCGGGGCAUCGCCUUUCAAACCUUGGGCCGGCGUGAAAUCAAGUCGGACUAUAGCCCUCGCCCACUACCCCCUCGUUCCGAAACCUUGGGUCUGGGAGUUCGCGAGGAGGGGUAUUCCCCUGAUUAUUGCGACUUUGUGGCCUAUGUGCGCGCGCGCGAUCGUGUCUUUGCCGAUCACGUCGUUCUGCGGGCUGCUUUUCUCAGCGGAGGACUACCUUGGCGAAUGGCCUUGGACUCGCGCGGCCAUUUGGAUAUCUCCUUAGUGGUCGCGGGACCUCUCGGACACGAUGGAUCCUAUGGCCUGGAAUUGCGGGAUCAAAGGUACCUAUACUUCGACGAUGGCCUUUCUCUCCCAGACAUGGACGCCCUGUCGGGCGUUUACCUCAUCAAGGAUUCUCAGCCUGCAGAGGAGCGCCACAUGGCCUGGUUCCCUUCGAUCAAGCACUGGCUCAACAGUGGCGUCUAUGUCGGUUACUGGUCUCACCGCAACGAGGAGUGGUACCGGGAGCGUGUGGCCGUCCUCGAGACUCUAGCCAAUUGCCGUUUCGAAGAAGGGCGGUACAUGGUCCAUCAGCGCGACAGCCACUCAGGACAGGCCGUUGUCGGGGAAUUUAAAUAUCCGUUUCCCAUACUCACGUUGAAGUCGUGGAAGACCCUACUUGGCAAUCGCAAGGAGAGUCGCGAGUUUGAGGCCGCCUUCCAGCGCGCUGCGAGAGACUGCGUGUGCCAGUUGCUCAGUCAGCGGCAGUAA